AUGAAAAACCGUUACCACGAGAUCCUCUGCUGGGAUUCUUCACGUGUGAAAAUAACUCCAAGAAACGGCGAUACGGACUACAUUAAUGCGAAUUUUGUUAACUAUAGUGAAACAAUUGAUCAGUUUUGGCAAAUGGUGUGGGAGCAAAACUCUCAAAUAAUUAUCAUGCUGACAAAAUUCCAAGUUGCUGGAAAAGAAAUAUGUGCUGAAUAUUGGAACAUGGACAAAAAACAAAUGAAUUUUCAAGCAGGUGAGCUGACAAUCAAGACAGUAGAUGUAAUACAAAAUUCGGGAUACAUCACAACGACAUUUGAAGUUUCUAAUUGCACCACUAAGGAAAGCAGGCUGAUUAUGCAUUACCAGUACUUAGACUGGCCAGAACAUGGAGUGCCUUCUAAAUUCGAAUCUUUGACGAAUCUUAUUAUAGACAUGACUAGAAAUCAUCAGAAGAUCUUAAGAAAAGCAACAAAUGCACCCACUGGACCUGUUAUUGUUCACUGUAGUGCCGGGAUUGGAAGAAGUGGGACUUUUUGUACUAUUGACUUAUGUAUAACUCAAUUAGUGAGGACCGGGAAUAUCUCAGUGCCUGAAACUGUGAUGCAAAUACGAAAACAAAGACGCUCAAGUGUUUGCGAUGUAAACCAAUACAUAUUUAUUUAUACUGUGCUACAUGAGUUUUUGCGGUUAUUUGACAUGGAUUCUGAAGCGAGACAAAUCUUUUGUGAGCCUUAACUGAUGUAUUUUGGACAUUUGUACUAAUUAUUACCCAAUAUUCAACACAGAAAUAGUAUUAUUAUAUAUAAUCGUUAUUAGAAUGUAAGACAUAAUUGAUUAAAAAUUUUAAAGGAAUUGUCACUGUGAUUUUUGCGAAAUAAAACGAUGCGCAUAGCCCUCGUUUUUUUUUUCAAACUAUCAGCCUA